AUUGAAUUGAGGCAAGUCACAGACAGAAGAAGAAAUUAGUGUUUUUCGUGGUACUAACACUACAGUAAACAGAAAUUAGUAAAAAAAUAUUUUGUUAUAUCUAUUCGAUUCGAGUAGGUUUAUUUUAUUGUGUAUUUGUUGUUUGUAUAGUGUAUAGCCAUUUUGUGGUAUAGCCUAAAUCAUAGGCUCACAGUUUUAUAGACAUUUUAGUAAAUUUGAUCUAUGGCAGAUGUUAUUACCCUUACUUCCUCAGAGGAUGAAAGUUCAGCUCCAUCACCACCAAGAAAGAGAAUAAAACCUACACCUAUACCACAGAUUAACAAUUUACCACAAAUAUCUAUUACUAAAGUAUCUACUAAAAAGAAAAAAGAAGCCGUUGUAGUGGUAUGCUCUGAUGAUGAUGAUAAUGAUGAUGAUGAUGAACUGGAAGAGGUUAAGUUUGUACCAUCUGAAAAUAUCAGUGUACUUAAAAAAACCACAAAUAACGAAGAAAAUAAAAAAUCCGUUUCUCCUGUGCAAAAUAACACUGUAGGAAUAGUAGUCGAUGAUGAUAAUAAUAGUGACAUAGACGAAGUUAAAGAUGUAAAAACUCAUGUAGACCGUGAGUUAAUAAAAGAUUUAGAAGAUUCUUGUGAAAUUAUAGAUGAAUAUAGCUGCGAAGAAAGUUCUGGUAAAGAAAACAGAACUGUUUCAAUGGAUGCUAGUCAACCAGGUUGCUCCAAUGCUGCCGUAAAAUCUCCCAAUGCAAUUUUACUAGAUAAGUUCAUCAAAAUCAUAGACGAUCAAACAAAUGAAGACAAAUAUAAAAUUGUAAAAAGCAAAUUUGAACAAUUGCGACAAUUAUUCAAUGGAAAUCAUGAGUUAGAAGAAUCGACAAAUUUCAAGAAUAUGUUAUUGUCUAAUACCCAACAAGCAGAAAAAUCCGCAACUACAGCAGUGUACAGUUUCAAUGAAAUUUAUCAACAUUUAAGAGAAACUUCAAAGGCAGACACUAUUGAAGUAGACAAAAAUACUUUGAUGGAUCUUAAAAGAUUAGAAAAAAACAUCAAGAGGAUUAUCGCAAAAAUUAAAAAAAUGGAAGAAGAGGAAGUAGAUUUUGAUGAAGAGGAAGAUUCCUGUUACAUGAAAUUAGAUAAAUACGUAGAUAGACUGGAUAAACUAAAUAAAAAAUAUUGCAAGAUGUUGAAGAAAAAUCCUUUCAGUGGUCGAAUAAUUUAUUCCAAGCUCGAUUUUGUCGAUUCUGAAUUUAACGAAAUCAACAGAGCGAUAAGUAAAAAGUAUAAAAAUAACAACAAAUUUCCUAGUUAUUAUGAAAUGCAAAAUUUUAUUGAAAAAAUUAACAAAGACCAAAAGUUAGGCCUGAGCGACUCAAAAAUUAAGAAUGAAAGUGCACAUUGUUUUAAAAAACUGGGAGAAUUGUUGCAAAUCAGGCGACGCAAAGACUUAUACGAUUCACAUUAUUUGUUCAUUAAAAACACCGAAGAUCCUGCCAAAGAAGAUCAACAGUUGAGCGAAACUCUCAAAAAGAGUUACCAAGAGGGCCAGUCUAAAAUAGAAAAAGUGGUACAAGAGUAUGUUACUAAACAAAAUACAAAAGGAGAUGAUCCUGAGUCAAAACAAAGCGGUGAUGAUGUUGAUGAUGAUUCAGAUGAUAGUAAGUCAUCAGGUAGUGAAAAUGAAGAUGAUAAGGAAAAGGAGAAAUGAAGAAUUUUAUAUGUUUAUCUUUAGAAUCUAUUUUAAAUUAAUGUAUUCAUUAAUAAAAUUAAUGUAUUUAUUAUGAAAUUAAUGUGUUCUUUAUUAAUUACAUUACUUUUAUACCUGAUACACUAUUAAAGAAAUAUUGAAAUUUA